UUUGUUUCCUGUACAGCCGGCAGUCGCUCUGCACAACAACAUGGCUAUAAGCAGAAAAGACAGCUUCCUCUGGGGAAAAGCUCCACCAAAACACCCAUCAGCUGAGAGGAGGCAGGGCGCCAGGAGCCAUAAACACGAACUGCUCGAUGACCUUCAGAAGCUAAAACAGGAAUUCAGUGAUUCCAUGCCUGAUUCCAGCAACCCUGACCUGAGGUGGCACAGCAAAAGUGUUGUGAGGAACAGGAAAUUUCUACGAGGGAAAAAGAAAUUCAACAUGGACCCAAAAAUGGGUGUCUGUUACCUGAUUGAGCAUGGCUUCCUUGAAUGGCGAGCAGAGUCAGUAGCAGAGUUUCUCUACAAGGAGGAGGGGCUGAAUAAGACCGCCAUAGGCAACUUCCUGGGAGAAAGGGAGGAAAUGCAUCUAAAGACCCUGAAAGUGUUCGUGGGCCUGCAUGAGUUCUCGGACUUAAAUCUAGUCCAGGCGCUGAGGCAGUUUCUGUGGAGUUUCCGCCUCCCAGGUGAAGCUCAGAAGAUUGACAGGAUGAUGGAGGCAUUUGCAACUCGCUACUGUGACUGUAACCCAGGGGUCUUCCAAUCCACAGACACCUGCUACAUCCUGUCUUUUGCCAUCAUCAUGCUCAACACAAGCCUGCACAACCCAAACGUGAAAGACAAGCCAAGUCUGCAGCGCUUCAUCUCUAUGAACAGAGGCAUCAAUAAUGGCGAGGACCUUCCCACUGAGAUACUUACGAAACUGUACGCAAGCAUCCGCAGCGAGCCUUUCAAAAUCCCAGAGGACGACGGGAACGACCUCACUCUGACGUUUUUCAAUCCUGACCGAGAGGGUUGGCUCCUCAAAAUGGGCGGUCGAGUUAAAACGUGGAAGAGACGUUGGUUUAUUUUGACAGACAGCUGCCUGUACUACUUUCAGUACACCACAGAUAAAGAUCCAAUCGGGAUCAUCCCUCUGGAGAACCUUUGUGUUAGAACGCUGCAAGACUCAAGCAAAUCGUAUUGCCUGGAGUUAUAUAACUCCAAAGGACAGAAGAUCAAGGCCUGUAAGACGGAGAACAAAGGCAGAGUGGUGCAGGGCAAACACCAGUCGUAUAAGCUGAAUGCAGCCAGCAGAGACGAAAGGGACGCCUGGAUAGAUGCCAUUAGGUGA